UCAGUUACCGAGCUCCGUGAAGGAGGCAAGUUCCCACCGCCGGCUCGCGGGCGGGAGGCGAGGCGCGGCGAGGGCUCGCCCACCUUCCCCUGCAGCUGCGUGUGCCCGGCUGCCCUCCUCGCUUCCCUCGUGGAGGAAAACGGACCCACUUGGCUGAGGAAAAUGCCAAUUAUCUGGAUGUGACCGUGAAAAGAGAACGUGUGACUGGAGGAGGCAGAAGAGGAUGAGAAAAGCAUUAUUUGAAGAGAAGAAUAAACCAGCCACUCCAACCCGUUCUGCAAAUUAGUGCUAUUACUUCUGGGCUCCAUUUGCUUUGAUUCUUCAUUCUCCCCCCCCCCCCCAUUAAGAAACCUUGACUUGAGGGCCAAGAGGCAGCCCCCGACAACGGGGGGACCCUUCAGGGUUGGAAGACCUUUUGGAUGUAGCGUUGCUGGAACAUUUAGACACUCUCCUCUGGAAAAGCCACCAUGAAUUCGGUAGCCGGGAAUAAAGAGAGGCUGGCGGUCUCCAGCAGGGGCAAGAAAUAUGGGGUGAAUGAAGUCUGCUCGCCCACCAAGCCCGCGGCGCCCUUCUCCCCCGAGAGCUGGUACCGGAAAGCGUACGAGGAGUCGCGCGCCGGCAGCCGGCCCACCCCCGAGGGCGCGGGUUCGGCGCUCGGCUCGUCGGGGACCCCGUCCCCCGGCUCGGGCACCUCGUCCCCGAGCUCCUUUACGGGCUCCCCGGGCCCCACCUCCCCGGGCAUCGGCACCAGCUCGCCGGGCUCCCUGGGCGGCUCGCCGGGCUUCGGCACCGGCUCCCCGGGCUCGGGAAGCGGCGGCGGCUCCUCCCCCGGCUCGGACCGCGGCGUCUGGUGCGAGAACUGCAACGCCCGCCUGGUGGAGCUGAAGAGGCAGGCGCUGAAGCUGCUCCUCCCGGGGCCCUUCCCCGGCAAGGACCCUGCUUUCUCGGCUGUGAUUCACGACAAGCUCCAGGUCCCCAACACCAUCCGGAAAGCAUGGAAUGACAAGGACAACCGCUGUGACGUCUGUACCACACACCUGAACCAGCUGAAGCAGGAGGCCAUCCAGAUGGUGCUGACCUUGGAACAGGCAGCUGACAGCGAGCACUACGAAGGCUCCCCUGGCUCGCCCCCACCGCUCUCCAACAUGCCCACCCUGCUGGGGCCCCGGCCCGGGGCUGGGCUCCAGCAGCCCAGAGAGUGGGCCUUCGUGCCUGCCCCGUGUGCCUCCUCCAACUACACGGCUUUCAUCAGCAACAAGCAUAGCAGCAAACCCAACAGCCUCGGGGUCAGCAAUGGGGCCGAGAAGAUAAGUGGGUCCCCAACCCACCAGGCCAAGGUCAGCCUCCAGAUGGCCACCAGUCCCAGCAAUGGGAACAUCCUCAACUCAGUGGCCAUCCAGGCUCACCAGUACCUGGACGGCACCUGGUCCCUGUCGAGAACCAAUGGGGUCACCCUGUAUCCAUACCAGAUCUCCCAGCUGAUGACAGAGACAGGCCGGGAGGGGCUGACCGAGGCAGCGCUGAAUCACUACAAUGCGGACAAGCCUUCGGCCUGUGGCAUCCCAGCCUCCCAGGGCUCCUGCGUGGCCAACGAGACUUCGCCAGGCCCCUCGGUGGCCGCUUCCUUCUUUGCCAGAGCUGCCCAGAAGUUAAAUCUGUCUUCUAAAAAGAAGAAGCACCGACCUUCCACCUCGUGUGUGGCCGAGCCCCCUCUCUUUGCCACCAGCUUCAGCGGUAUUCUGCAGACCUGCCCUCCACCGGCCCCACCCUGUCUGCUGCGGGCCGUCAGCAAGGUGAAGGACACGCCAGGCCUGGGCAAGGUGAAAGUCAUGCUUCGCAUUUGCUCCACACUGGCUCGAGAUACCUCAGAAUCCAGCUCCUUCUUAAAGGUGGACCCACGGAAGAAGCAGAUCACCCUGUAUGACCCCCUGACAUGUGGAGGUCAAAACGUCUUCCAAAAGAGAGGCAACCAAGUUCCUCCUAAGAUGUUCGCCUUUGAUGCUGUUUUUCCACAAGAUGCUUCUCAGGCUGAAGUGUGUGCUGGAACCGUGGCAGAGGUGAUCCAGUCUGUGGUCAACGGGGCGGACGGCUGUGUGUUCUGUUUCGGCCACGCCAAGCUGGGGAAAUCCUACACCAUGAUUGGAAAGGACGAUUCCAUGCAGAACCUUGGCAUCAUCCCCUGUGCUAUCUCUUGGCUCUUCAAGCUGAUCAAUGAACGCAAGGAGAAGACCGGAGCCCGGUUCUCGGUGCGGAUCUCAGCUGUGGAAGUGUGGGGCAAAGAAGAGAACCUGCGGGACCUGCUGGCCGAGGUGGCCACGGGCAGCCUGCAGGAUGGCCAGUCCCCGGGAGUGUACCUGUGUGAGGACCCCAUCUGUGGCACGCAGCUGCAGAACCAGAGCGAACUGCGGGCGCCCACGGCCGAGAAGGCCGCCUUCUUCCUGGACGCUGCCAUUGCUUCACGCCGGGGCAGCCGGCAGGACUGUGACGAGGACGACCUCCGCAACUCACACAUGCUCUUCACCCUGCACAUCUACCAGUACCGCAUGGAGAAGAGCGGCAAAGGGGGAAGUGCUCUUCAGGAAAGGCCAAGAUUUACACCCCAAGCACCCUGGUGA